AUGGUUACUCACAUCUUGUUCUGCUUGCUCGUUUUCCUUUUCUCUGCCUACCUUUUCUGGACUGAAAAAACUUCAAAACGGCUUCCACCAGGUUCUUUGGGUCUACCCAUCAUAGGCCAAAGCCUCAGCUUUCUAAAUGCCUUGCGCAAAAACACAGCCGAAGGAUGGCUUCAAGAUAGAAUAAGAAAAUAUGGCCCUAUUUCGAAAAUGAACAUCCUUGGGACCCCAACCGUGUUCCUCCAUGGACAGGCAGCGAACAAGUUCGUCUUCACUUACGACGGCAACAUUCUUGCCAAUCAGCAACCAUCUUCGAUAAGAAGGAUUUGCGGUGAGAAGAAUAUCCUGGAAUUAAGUGGCCAUGACCACAAGCGUAUGAGAGGAGCGCUCUUAUCGUUCUUAAAGCCUGAUGUUUUAAGGCAAUAUGUUAGCAAGAUGGAUAAAGAAAUUAGAAAACAUUUCGAGUUGCAUUGGCGUGGCAAGAACAAGGCAAUGCCAUCUAUGAAGACCCUUACCUUCAACGUUAUGAGCUCCCUUUUAAUUGGAAUAGAGCAAGGUGCAAAAAGAGACGUACUCUUACACCUCUUCGAUAAAAUAAUGGAGGGUAUUUUAUCUGUACCAAUCAAUUUGCCCUUCACACGCUUCAAUCGGAGCCUACAAGCUAGAGCAAAAAUCAGAACGAUCCUCAUGGAUCUUAUUCAAGAAAAGAGGGCUGCACUGGAGCAUGGAACUGCCUUUCCUCAACAAGAUCUUAUCACGACCUUGCUUAGUCUCCGAAACGAAGACAAUUCAGUAGCAUUAUCUGAUGAGGAGAUUGUUGAUUCACUUGUGCUUAUAAUGAUAGCAGGCUAUGAUACAACUUCAACCCUUCUCAGUUUCUUGAUCAGAAUUUCAGCCAACGAUCCAUCUGUUUAUGCCAGUAUGAUUCAAGAACAAGAGGAGAUUUCCAAGAGUAAGGCCUGUGGUGAGCUUUUAACAUGGGAUGAUCUUGCAAGAAUGAAAUGCACAUGGAGAGUUGCAAUGGAGUCUCUAAGGAUGACCCCUCCUGCGCUUACUCUCUAUAGGAAGGUUCUAAAAGAUUUUGAAUACGAAGGAUAUCUGAUUCCCAAAGGAUGGCAGGUAAUGUUGUCAACCAGCAUGACACAUAUGGAUGACAAUAUAUUCCCAGAUGCAUCCAAGUUUGAUCCAAAACAUUUCGAGAUACAAGGAUCAGUCCCUCCAUAUAGUUUCGUGGCAUUGGAGGAGGGCCUCGAAUAUGUCCUGGAAUGGAAUUUGCAAGACUUGAAACUCUUAUUACAAUACAUCGCUUGCUAUAAAUCCUGCAAUCCUUUUCUUUUUGCUUAUUUCCCUUCUCCUGAUGAGGCAAAGUUCAAAAAUGCUUCAACCAGGUUCUUUGGGAUUAUUACCCUUCAUAGCCCUACGCCUCAGCUUCCUACACACCUUGCACGAAUGCAUAGCAGACCAGUCGCUUUAGAAUACAACGUGAAAAUGGGUCCAUUUGAAAAAUCAACCUUAUUGGGACCCAAACAGGCUGCGAACAAGUCCAUCUACGCUUGUGAUGCUACCAUACUUGACGAUAAACAUAUGCUCUAUUUCCAUCUAUACCUGAUGAAAAUGUGGAAUUUAUUGGUUGGCCAAUAG